AUGUUUGCGAAAGUAAUUGCACAAAUUCUGCGUUCUGGCCGUGUACAAGGCGACAAGCACCGGGAAAUCCGGCUCAGUCUCGGUAUUUCCGAGCUGUUUGUUUCUGAACAAGCUCAUCUCCACAUUAUCAUUGCCGGUGCUGGCCUUGGUGGUCUUGCCGCGGCAGUCUCCUGUGCACUCGCCGGACAUACAGUCGAAGUAGUCGAGCAAGCAAAGGAACUCGUCGAGGUUGGUGCAGGUCUUCAGAUAACCCCCAACGCCUCACGACUUUUCGAAUACUGGCAACUUCCCAACUCCAUCUGGCAAGCCGCAGCUGAGCCCACGGCGCUCACCGUCCAUCGCUAUACCGGCCCGAUUCUCGCCAACGAACCCGUCUUUCACAAGAAUAUCCGCGCAAAGUAUGGCGCCCCGUUCAUCGACCUGCAUAGAGUCGAUCUGCAGCAAGCUUUGUUUACCCGUGCAAAGGAGCUCGGCGUCACAUUCCAUCUCAACGAGAGAGUCGACUCCAUAGACUUUGCUACAACAACAGUCCAAACCCUAGCGGGCAAUCGAUAUACCGGCGACUUGAUUAUUGCUGCCGAUGGGCUCUGGUCUCGCUGCCGCGAGUGUUUCCUAGGCAAGAAGGAUGCGCCACUGCCCACUGGCGAUCUGGCCUACAGGAUCGUGCUGACGGCGGACCAAAUCUCGGAUCCGGAGCUGAGAGCAUGGGUUGAGAACCCAGAGUGCCACUUCUGGAUCGGCCCCGGUGCACAUGCGGUUGCCUACUCGCUCCGCAAUGGACGCAUGUUCAACAUUGUGCUGCUUGUGCCGGAUAAUCUGCCCCCCCGAGUCUCCCGGCAGUCUGGUUCCGUAGAAGAAAUGCGGAAGCUCUUUGAGGGCUGGGAUCCAGUCGGUGACGCUUGCCAUCCCAUGCUCCCCUAUCUCGCACAAGGCGCCAACUCAUCCCUCGAAGACGGCGCAGUCCUGGGCCAAUUACUCGGCCACAUGAAGAACAAAUCACAUCUACCCCAGAUCCUCCGCCUGUACGAGAGCUUGCGGAAAUCCCGCGGCGAGGCCAUCGUCAAGGAGACUUUCAAGCAGGUCAGUCUACCAUCUCAUUCCGUCCACUGCCGCGCAUUGACAUUCUUCAGCGACAUGAUUUCCACAUGCCAGAUGGCGAGGAACAGGAAAAGAGAGAUGCGAUCUUCUUGUCUCAACUCGGAAAGGAGAUUAAGGGCGCGUUUCCCAGUAGAUGGUGAGUGCAGUACUCUCUGCGGGACAGUCAGCCGCUCACACGAUACCAGGACAUGUCCAGAGGUGCAGCCCUGGCUUUAUGGCUACGAUGCAAUCAAGGAAGUCGAGAAGGCGGUUAUGCAGCACCCAGAGUUGUUUGCUAGGACGGCUGCGAGUCUGUAG